UGAGGUUAUGUUCAUUGUUAUGACAUUGCAUUCUACUCUGUUAUCACAGUAUAGAUAGUCCCUAUCUUGGAACAUUAAUAAACUAUCUAUAUUCUAAGGUUCCUAUACUGUGCUGUUAUUUGUGCGACAUUGCGAUCAUAUCACGUGUCUUUCAUAGUCGAAGCUCGACGAUCUUUUUUCAGUUUUAUUCAUUCAAAUAGUUAAUUAGUUGAUUAUAUAUUUUCUUGGUUGUUUUGUCUUAUUCUUGGUAUCUUAACUACAUUGUUGUAAACAUGGAAUUCGCUGAACACCCUGACAAAACAAAAAAAUACUCUAGUGAUUUCAUUUCUUCUGAUGAAGGAGAGAGUUUCGGAAUAAAUGAAGUUAAGACUGAGAACUUUGAUAUCAAGAAAGAGUUUAUUGAUGGAAUUCAGCAUAAGGAAGAAUUCCAUUCCAUUGAGAAUAUCUCAUUGAACCAAAAUAAUCUUUUGAAAAUGGAGGAAACAGACGAAGAGGAAGUUACUGAUUCGGAUGAUGAAGAAGAAACAGAGCACAAAAGUAAUGAUUCAAAGCCAUUCAACUGCCAUCUCUGUGAUUACGGUUCAACUCGCAAAUAUCAUGUCCAGGCACAUAUAGAAACAGUUCACUUAGAGUUGAGAAAGUUUAAGUGUGUUUUAUGUGGUUAUGCUACAAAUUCCAACCAAAUUCUUAAAUGUCAUUUGAAUUGUAGUCAUUUUAAACCAAGUGUCAUUUAUGCGAUUAUGCUCAUGAUACGAAUGAUAUAUCUGUUCUUCAAAUAAAAAUAGAUCUCAUGGCACAUAUCAAAUCUGCUCAUACAAAUCCUGUGCAAUUUGAGUGUCACCCAUGUGAUUAUGCUUCACAUCGGAGAAAUAAUCUUAAAAAACACAUAGAAUGUAUUCAUACAAAUUUGAGACAAUUUAAGUGUAGUUUAUGUAAUUUUACUUCCAAUUGAACUGUAUUCUUCAAUUGCAUAUUGACUGUAUGCAUGCUAACUUAAAGUAACAUAUUGCCCGUUUUGCGACUAUGCUACAAAUCAUAAAACUCAUCUUAGGAGACAUUUAAAUAUAAAGAGACAUGAAUGCCACUUAUGCGAGUAUGCUACUAAUCAGAGAUCUUAUCUUAAAACACACAUAGAUUCUAUUCAUUCUGAUUUGGAGAAGCAUUAGUGUCAUUUAUGUACUACGAAUCGCACACGUUCACUAUGAGUAUGAGUUCAUACAAGUUCGGUUCACCAAAAUGAAAUCAGUAUUAUUUUACAGUAGGUAGUGUUGUAUGUAUAUAGGCUAAUAUAAUAAUAAUUUUUCACAUGAUUACAUGAAUUUUGAACUUUUAUAUUUCUUCAUUGUUAUAAAUUUUUCAAUAAAUUGUUUCAUUAA